UUUCAAAUCUAUCUUAUAUUACUUUUCGAAAUCCUCGGGGUUCUUCAUUAUUCCCGCGCUUUUUAAAUUUGUAAACAGUAUGAGUAUCACUUUCACGAGUAUGAAGAGAAAAAGUUAAAACACAACCAGACAAGUUACUGGAGCCAGGAUAAUCAGUAAUCAUGAGUGAUUCAAUAUUGACACCAUACAACAAAAUGCCUCAACAUCAACUAGCUACAGUACUGCUUGUUGGUUCUGAGGGCAUAGGUAAACAUGAUUUUGGGAAGUGUUUGAUCAAGAAUUCCUGGUUCUACCUGCAGGUGAGAACGACCAUCACUCUACCUCUGCCAAUGACCUCUGACAAUUCACGCCCUCGGAUAGACUACAUCUGCUUCUUGAUAGACCUCACCAGUCGAGACAGUUUUCAAACAGUAGAGGAAUCAUUGAAACACAUUGAUGUCAGAUAUUUCCAGGGGAAAUGCUGUUUUGUUGCCUUAAAAGUGAAAAAUCCCGAGAAAAGAGCCAUUUUCUUGGAACAAAUCAUCCAGUUAUCCAAGCAGUGCAAAUCGGAUGUGUUGUAUGGUUCACUUGAGACGGAAGCUGAGUCGGUAUUUCUUUCAGAACAAAUUCUGAAAUCGGCAGAAAUUGCAGCAGGUCUGCAGAAGAAUGUUUCUCCGAUGUUUUUGGAAUGUACUCAAAGUUUUAGGACAGAAGAGGGGGAGUGGACUGAAAACGGCAAUUCCUGUUGAUUUUAUUUGAUGCCAAAUUCAGCUUUGUUGAACCAGUCAUAUGAACACAUUGUGUGUUUUGUUAUGGAAACUAAAGUGGUGGUAAAAGUUAAAUUUCUUUCUUAAAAGGUAUUGAUAUGAGAGCACUGCUGUCACAGAAUGAACAAAUACCUAUUAAAAAAUGUUGACCUUGCAGUCAUACGAACAUGUAUAUCAUGUAUAUAAAUAUUAUCUCUUCCACUUUAGAAGCAGUUACCAUAGAAACUAUGUGAUACAGACAGUAUUGUUCUUGUUUAUUACUUAGGUAACUGGAAUAUUGCUGAUAAACAAAACUACUUUUUAGCUCACCUGAGCCUAAGUGAGAUUUCCUGAUCAAAAUUUGUCUGUUGACUGUCGUCAGCGUAAACUUUUUACAUUUUCAUCUUGUUCUCCAGAACCACUGGGCCAAUUUCAACCAAACUUAGCACAAAGCAUCCUUGGGUAAAGGGGAUUCAAGUUUUUGUCAAACGAAGGGUCAUGCACCCUUCAAAGGAUAAUUACAAAAAUAGGGUGGGGUCAUUUAAAAAUCUUCUUCUCAAGAACCACUGGGCCAGAAGAGCUGAAAUUUACCUGAAAGCUUCCUGACAAAGUGGUGAUUCAGGUUUGUAAAAAUCAUGACCCCUGGGGUUAGGAAGGGGCCUCAAUAGGGGAUCAAAGUUUUACAUGCAAAUGUAUAGGGAACCAAACUUGGCACAAAGUAACCAUAGAUGAAAUUUGUUAAUAUGAAAGACCAUAUCCAUCUACAAGGGCAUAUGAUAAUUGAUGAAUUUGUAGUCAAGUUUAAUGAUUAAGUUUGAUAAUUAAUGAAUUUUUAGUCAUUACCUUUGAAAAGAUUUUUCUGAACCAAGCUGCUUGUAUAAUGAUAGUUUUGCUUAAGCUAGUUUAUUGCUAGGCACUGCUACUCAGGUGAGCGAUGUGGCCCAUGGGCCUCUUAUGAUUUGUCAUUGACAGUCAUUGAUAAUUGAAUAUUAGAAUUUUCUUUUCCAAUAUUAUAUUUAUUUGUAAGAAUAUUUAGAAAUGGAUGACAUGAUUUUAUUCUAUGACUCGAAGUCAAAUUUUUCCAAUAUCUUAAUGCAACACUCAGUGCAUAAAGUAUUUUCCUAUUGUAGAUUUCAAAGUUAGAUUGUUUGUAUGUGAUGUUCUAGACUGUACAGUUAAGUAUUUUUCCAUUUGAAGAUGAAAUUCUGUCAUGAGUAAUUUUAAUGAAAUAAAAUGUUAAGAUGCA